CAUUCCUACGUCUCUAUAUCCGUACUUCCUUCUUACUCCACCGACCCUCAUCACAUUCAUCAUGUCCGGCAAAAUCACCCGCGUCACCCUCUUCAAGAUCCCCAAACCAGAGGAUCAACAACACCUCAUCGAUCUGUACAAACAAAUGCCCCAAAAAGCCACAAAGGACGGAAAACCAUACAUCGUCUCAGUCCAAGCUGGAAAAGCCAAGGCAGACCAGCGCUCGCAAGGCUUCACAAUCGUAGCCAUCUCAACAUUCGCUUCGCAGGAGGACUUUAACUACUACGACACCCAAUGCGCUGCACAUCUUGAACUAAGGACUUUCGCGAAGAGCGUUAACGAGGGUGUGGCGAUGAUUUACUUUGAGAAUGAGAUUGUAUAAAUUAGAGUAGCAGUGUUAUAUUAACCCUUGGAAUCUCAUUGAUAUAUCCUUUCCUUGCUCUGCU